CCUGUUGGCCUGUACCAGUUGGUGCCUGUAUAAAGUGGGUCAUCUCCUUCCUGCUCACUGUUAGAAUCUGUUCUGAUUUUAGGUAUCUGAAACAUCACAACAGCUUCUUGGUGGUUCUGAGGAUUAAAGAGGUUUGGAGGUUGCUAUGUUCAUGCUGCUUGUCUUUGGAGCAUUGCUUCAUGAAGUUCCCCUGAGUGGCCAAGACGAGGUUCCUCCCCAGGCUGAUGGCAUUCUGGGCGCCCCUCUGUUCAACUAUGCCAGCCUCCGCCUGCCAGAAGAGCAUAUUCCCUUCUUUUUGCACAAUAAUAGGCAUAUUGCCACGGUCUGUAAGAAAGACUCGCAUUGUCCUUAUAAGAAACACUUAGAAAAUUUAAAGUACUGCUGGGGUUAUGAGAAAUCCUGCAGACCAGAGUUCAGGUUUAGUUACCCUGUUUGCACCUACGUGGAUAUGGGAUGGACGGACACUCUUGAAUCAGCCCAGGAAAUAUUCUGGAAGCAAGCCGACUUUGGGUAUUCUGGAGAGCGGCUGGACGAACUCAACGUGCUCUGCCAGCCGGAGGGAAUGAAUGACUCAAGUCUGGUGUGUUCCCGUUACCUUCAGUACUGCAGAGCGACCAAUCUCUACCUUGAUUUAAGAAACAUCAAGAGAAACCACGACAGAUUUAAGGAAGAUUUUUUCCAGAGUGGGGAAAUUGGAGGACACUGUAAACUUGACAUUCGUAUGUUGAUGUCUCAAGGCCAGCGCAAAAGCCCUCUGCAGUCUUGGUUUGCUGAGCUACAAAGCUAUACUCAGCUCAACUUCAGACCAAUAGAAGAUGCUAAGUGUGACAUUGUUAUUGAGAAACCAACCUACUUCAUGAAAUUAGAUGCAGGUGUUAACAUGUAUCACCACUUCUGUGAUUUCAUCAAUCUUUAUAUUACUCAGCACAUUAAUAAUUCCUUCAGCACAGAUGUGCACGUUGUGAUGUGGGACACAAGCUCCUACGGAUAUGGUGACCUGUUCUCCGAUACAUGGAAAGCAUUUACUGAUUAUGAUGUUAUACAUUUGAAAACUUAUGAUUCCAAAAGGGUAUGUUUUAAAGAAGCUAUUUUUUCCUUACUCCCCCGGAUGAGAUAUGGACUAUUCUAUAAUACCCCUCUGAUAUCUGGCUGUCAAAAUACCGGAUUAUUCCGGGCAUUUUCCCAGCAUGUACUACACAGACUGAACAUCACACAAGAGGGUCCCAAGGAUGGAAAAAUUCGAGUCACCAUUCUCGCACGGAGCACAGAAUACCGGAAAAUACUCAACCAAAAUGAGCUUGUAAAUGCACUGAAAACGGUAUCUACAUUUGAGGUCCAGAUUGUCGAUUAUAAGUAUAAGGAACUUGGGUUUUUAGAUCAGCUAAGGAUCACACAUAACACGGACAUAUUUAUUGGAAUGCAUGGAGCUGGUCUUACCCAUUUACUUUUCCUUCCAGACUGGGCUGCUGUGUUUGAACUAUACAACUGUGGAGAUGAACGCUGUUACUUGGACCUGGCCAGGCUGAGAGGCGUCUACUACAUCACUUGGCGAAGGCAGAGCAAAGUCUUUCCUCAAGAUAAGGGCCACCACCCAACUCUGGGGGAACAUCCGAAGUUUACCAACUACUCUUUUGAUGUAGAAGAAUUUAUGUACCUUGUCCUUCAGGCUGCAGACCACGUAUUGCAACACCCGAAGUGGCCAUUCAAGAAAAAACAUGAUGAGCUAUAAAUGUGUUGAGUCUUUUUGCCAAAAGGGAGUGUUUAAACCGGUCCUCCACCCAGACUCACCUCACAGUUAAAUAGGUAAAACAGCCUGUUAUCUCCUAGCCCCAAAGUACCUUUUUUUAAUACCAAAACAUGCCUUCAGGGUAUUACUUGUGUGUUUUAUAGUCUUUAACUGUUUCAUGUGAUUGUUGUGUCAU